AUGACGAAGUUGCAGGUUGGAAAUCGAGUAUGUGGUAAAAGCAAGCGACACAUGGGCAAGAUUGGACGCAUCCUGCGCGUGCUGAAGGAGAGCAGGCAGCACACCUAUGAUGUUCAAUGGACAAAUGGAGCUGUAGACAUCGUUUCUGCUCGUUCGAUUAGUGUGGAUCCAGCCUUUAGCAGGUUUGAGUAUGGCGUUGCAAGUGAGGGGAGUAUUUUUUUGGAGCUUCUCGGGUCCGCAGAUGACCACAACCAAGACAAUCUAGUGUGCGAAUCAUCCUCUAGCGACGGUGAAGAGGGAGAAGAUGAUGCAGUCGACUCAGUUGAAAACUCGGAAAGUGAGGGGGGCGAUACCGUGACAGCUCACGGCAGAUUGUGGGUGUCUUGUGAUGCCAUCUUGGUUGACCAAGCAACACAGUUUUCAUCUCGAGCAAUAAAAUUUCUGUGGCCUGCGUACCUACAGCUUGGAGAGCCGACACUAGUGAAAUAUUUCUACUUAAUGUACAGUAGUGGACGCCUACAACACGUACCGUUAUGA